GGGAUGCAACCCAACACUGUCCAAUCCCAGCACUCGAGGGAAGGGUUAGCGUAAUUACGUAGCCUGAUAAACAAGUACGUUGACUAGCGAGCGGGAGAUUUUAGUUCAAGCAAUAAAAACUAGAGACAUACCUCACCUGUCCAUAAAUCAAGAUGGCUGUGAGAAGCGAGGCCAGAGUGGAGGCAGAGGUAGAGGAGGAGGAGAGCUUUGGACCACAGCUACUGAGCAGACUUGAGCAAUGUGGCAUCAGUGCCAGUGACAUAAAGAAGCUGGAGGAUGCAGGCUUCCACACCAUUGAGGCAGUGGCCUAUGCCCCCAAGAAGGAGUUGCUUAACAUCAAGGGGAUCAGUGAGGCCAAAGCAGACAAAGUUCUGGCUGAAGCUGCCAAACUAGUGCCCAUGGGCUUCACCACAGCAACAGAGUUCCACCAACGCCGAGCUGAAAUCAUCCAGAUCUCCACUGGGUCCAAAGAGCUGGACAAGCUGCUACAGGGUGGGAUAGAGACAGGCUCCAUCACAGAAAUGUUUGGAGAGUUCCGGACAGGAAAAACACAGCUGUGCCACACCCUUGCAGUCACCUGCCAGUUGCCCAUUGACCAGGGUGGUGGAGAGGGAAAAGCCAUGUACAUUGAUACAGAGGGGACCUUCAGACCAGAGAGGUUACUGGCUGUAGCAGAGCGGUAUGGACUUGUUGGGAGUGACGUUCUGGACAAUGUAGCCUACGCUAGGGCCUUUAACACAGACCACCAGACCCAGCUGCUUUACCAAGCCUCAGCCAUGAUGGCAGAGUCCAGGUAUGCCCUGCUGAUAGUGGACAGUGCCACAGCCCUCUACAGAACCGACUACUCCGGGAGGGGAGAGCUCGCUGCACGGCAAGGCCACCUGGGACGCUUCCUGAGAAUGCUGCUAAGGCUAGCAGACGAGUUUGGCGUUGCUGUGGUGAUAACCAAUCAGGUGGUGGCCCAGGUAGACGGUGCCGCCAUGUUCUCAGCAGACCCUAAAAAACCUAUCGGGGGCAACAUCAUGGCACAUGCCUCCACUACGCGACUGUACUUGAGGAAAGGCCGCGGCGAAACAAGGAUCUGCAAAAUCUACGACUCGCCCUGCCUCCCUGAGUCUGAAGCCAUGUUUGCCAUCAACGCAGAUGGGGUGGGUGACGCCAAGGACUGAGCUCAGAUGGCACCAUACCAGGGAGUGAGAGCAUGGCUGUAUGUCAUGUGGCUAUGCCCCUCACCCGCUACCAUAGACUUGCACAAUGGCAGCUCUUGUGUGUUUGUGUGUACACACUUCCCUGAGGUAAGAGCUAAGAAAAUGACUAAUAGGGAGAUGCUGGCCAUAACUGUUGUGUUGAUAUGAUUUUGGACUGUCCCAUUACUGAGGGAAGAAUGCAUUCCUACAGUACAAGAGGGUACUGUGCAUAGAGAAUGUUGCCUAUUGCCCUAAGGAGCACAGUGAUUUGCCCAUGCUUAGGCUUACACUGAAUACUCAGUUUGUAUUAUACAGUAUAUGGGCCUAUAGCGGCUUUGAUAAUCAGAGGGAGCUCAACUUCACAGAAGUGACAUUUUUCACCAACCCAAUGGACUUGUAAAAUAAUAUUUCUAUCUAACUCCACUGGUAGACGUGGACAUAUUUAGAUGUAUGUUUGUGUUAUUGUUUUGUUUGAUUUAGUUUUUCGGGGGGGUCUGAUUUUCUACCAGUGUUUUUC